AACGUAAACAAAGCAGAAUCUCUAGAUUUUUUCCUGUUUUUUGAUGAAAAUUGACUAAAAAGUGAUUAAAAGUAGCAAAAAAUGUCACUUUUGAUCACAAAUUCUACAAUUUCUAAACUGACCCACGGUUUGCCUGAUAUUCGUCAACGAGCCCUCAAAGAAGUGGCUUCAAAGGUCAAAGAAGGCUCUCGGAACAAAGAUGAGUUCGUUUGCAGCAGCGUCGACUUGUACAAAGAACUGGUUAAGGCGAUAAAUGACACGAAAUUGAGUCAAAGUGAAUAUGUCGAAGUACUUUUGGAUCUUUUUAAGAGUCAUUAUGGGACGUCUUUAGUAAAAAUCAUUGGAAUUCCUCAAAUAAAGCGCGACACACAAAACGCUUUUCGUAAAAUUUAUUCCGGGAAUCUAAAAUUACGAACGCCCAUCGAUGAAUUUUCAAGAUUUCUCAAAAAAUUCGAAGUAGAAGAUGUUUUACCGCAAAUUUUUAGUGAAAAAGUGUCCUUGAACCCGCAACCGAACUUUAAAUUGGAUUUUCCGGAUGAAGAUUACGUCAACCGAUGGUCGAAACCGCCUCAAAAAGAUUAUCACGAAAUGGAAUCGCUUAAAAUGAGUCUCGUGGAUUACCAAAAUGUGCUCGGAAUGGAACAUGCUUUGACUUUUCUGCAUAAAAGUGUCAAAAAUUUGCCGGCGGAGUAUUUUUUGCAACCUCCGUAUUUGUACAAAAACCUUUUGGACUGUCUCCAGAUCGAAAAUUACGAAAAAAGUUCCUUAACCGUACUUUUGGACCUCACGAAAGCCCUUCAGGCACGCAUGAAAGUCCGAACUUUGACCCGAACUUGCGAAAUUUUCGUCGACGACGCCAUCGAUGAGGCAGAAAUGCGAAGUCAGUUGAGCGUGAAGGCAUUUUGUCGACAUUUGAUGGCAGCUGCGAUGCGUGCCUUGAAGGAAAUUGACGAUCACGAGUGUCAGGAGAGGUUAAAUGUCUUUUUUGAGCUCAUGAGUGCCGUUGUGAACGUCAUGAAGAGCUGUAAGGCGGAAUGUUCGGCGGUUUUGUGUGACAUGACGGAAUUUUUGCAGUACUAUAGGGCGCAGUAUCAAAGUGAAAAGGGGAAUUUUCGAUGUCGCGUGAAUUAUUUUGCCAUGUUGCAGAUGAUAGCGACGUUGGCGAGCACGAAAAUGAAUGAGGAUUACGGAGAUGAGCUGCAAGUUUGGCAAAAAGAGUUGGAAACGAGUUUGAUGGACUUUAGUUUUCGUGAAAUGAUGCCCGAUGUGUAUGAACACAUUUACGAGUUGUGUAAUGGGGAGAAAAAUGUGAGAUUGACGAAUAUGGUUCAUGCUGCUGAGAUCCUUUCGCCAGCUGUCGACUUAUUACGAUCCCCGAACAAAUUCAACGACGAGGAAUUAAUCUUAAACGGUUUAUCGAUGCUUGAAACCCUUAAAAUCCACAAAAGCGAAGGUUUGGUUCGUAAACUCAUGACUGCCAUUCUCAACUGCACUCCAAAUUUCCAAAAUGACCCGAAUCUCCGCAAACAUGGCGAACACUUAUUUUUACGACUUCUCGCAACUUCCGUUCCUCGUCUCAAAAGUAUCGCCUAUCAACUUGCCACUGACGCUGUGAAGAAUUUUUUCGCUCAAGUAGUUGACGGCGUGAUGUUGAAACGUUACGAAGUGCAUGACGAACGAGGAGCGCGGUUCAUGGGAAUUCCUUUGAACACCGAAAUUCUCGGCGAAAUUAUUUCGUUUGGGCUGAAAAAUAACAACGAAGUGAUUCGACGAGGCGCCGAAAUAAUUAUAACUUACAUCGUGAAGGGAAAAACGGUUCUCGGGAAACAUUGGAUGAAAUUUUUGCAAGUUUUGAUGCCACUUUUGCCGUUGUUGCAAUCGAUUGAACCGGUGAGCAGUUUAUUGGGACACGGAAUUACGUCGUUGUUUGAUCCAGAUUUCGAUUUGCCGCCGCUGGAAUGCAUGCACGGCAACAUGAGAUAUUUAUUUUCGAACGAAAGUCAAGCGAGAGAAGACGCCUGUUUGCGAUUAAUUUAUAUGACGAGCAGUCAACUCAACUCAGCGAAUUAUUUGCCGAAAAUUGAUCAUGUCAAAAGUACGCUCACGAACACUUUUUGUAUCUUGAGGAAUCGAAUGCCGCUGAGAAAUCCGCUUAAAAUGGGAGUUUUUGAUGUGCAGUCGAUGCGAGAAUUGGUUGAAGUGCUGAAAUCGCAAGAAGCUUCGCCAAAAGUGAGAUAUUCGACGUUAAUUCAAUUGAACGCGUUUAUGGAUGAUCCGACGUUGUGUGAUGUUUUGCAUCAGCAGAAGGGAUGGCCUUAUGUUUUACAG